AAGCAAGAAGCAUUUGAAAGCAGUCACAAAGAACAUCAAAAAGAAUAAAAGUAUGAGAAGGCUCUUUCUCUUCUCUCUCUUGUUCUUCCUCUUCUUCCACUCAUCCUCCUCCUCAAGAUCUUCAUCAGAAUCUCACAUCUUCAUCUACGGUGGAUGUUCACCGGAAAAAUACACACCAAACACUCCUUUUGAAACAAACCGCGACAAUUUCCUCUCCUCCGUCGUUACUUCCUCCAUCGAAGCCUCCUUCAACAGCUUCGCCGUCGGCAACGACUCUUCCUCCUCCUCCUCCGCCGCUGUCUUCGGCCUUUAUCAAUGCCGUGAAGAUCUCCGAUCAUCUGACUGCUCAAAGUGUAUCCAAAACUCCGUCGACCAAAUAACUCUCCUCUGCCCUUACUCUUACGGUGCUUCUCUCCAGCUCGAAGGCUGCUUCUUACGUUACGAGACCAACGACUUUCUUGGGAGACAAGACACGAGUCUUAGGUACAAGAAGUGUAGUUCCAAGAGCGUUGAGAAUGACUAUGAUUUCUUUAAACGGAGAGACGAUGUGUUGUCGGAUCUUGAGUCGACUCAACUAGGUUACAAAAUUAGCCGGUCCGGUCUAGUCGAAGGUUAUGCUCAGUGUGUUGGUGACUUGAGUCCUAGUGACUGUACGGCUUGUCUUGCGGAGUCUGUUGGGAAGUUAAAGACUCUUUGUGGCUCUGCGGUUGCUGCUGAGGUUUACUUGGGUCAGUGCUAUGCUCACUAUUGGGGUUCUGGUUACUACGACUUCUCUUCAGAUCCAACGAACGGAGAUAACGUGGGGAAAUCAAUUGCGAUCAUCGUAGGAGUCAUUGCUGGGUUCGCAAUUCUUGUUAUCCUCCUCUCCCUCUGCAGAAAUUCCACGCAUUGAUAUAAAGAAGACAUGAUUCGAGAUAAAAGAUUCUAUAGAGGUAGAGGGGCUUGUUUUGUUUUGAAUUCUCUUAUUUUGUAGGAACAUAUCCGUUACCUUGUUAUUUAUUUUUGGUUCAUCAAAAGGAAAAAAAAAAACACUUCAAGUGACCUAUAAAAAUUUGAAAUGCGACCCGU